AUGAUCCGGGACAAUCUCACCCUCUCCUCCUGGCUCCUGCUCGGUGGGCUGAUGCAAGGGGGUGCGUGUCUACUGUUGGGCCCCCUCUCCCUGCUUCCGACCGCGGCCAUCCUGCUGUACCGGUUCAUCGACCAUCUGUUGAUGGCCUGCCACAUAACCCCCAACCGGUACAUGACCGGAUCCAUCCCUAUCAAGCGCAGUGCCCAGUAUCCCCGGCCCGAUGGCACCUUUGGCAGUGAACCGGCGGGCGAGUCAAUCGUGGUCUUCCAUCUGGGGGCGCGCUGCCACCAUCCACUCGGGAUGCUCGCCCCAGGCAUGAAGGAGUUGGGCGACAGUGCCGACAAGAUGAGUCGAAACAUGCGCGCCAACCCCGUCAAGUACGGUCUCCUGGGCACCUCGCACUGGCUGAAGACCGACAGUCCAGCGGGUAACGAGACCAUGACCGUCUUCUACCUGCGCGAUUACGCUGCUCUUCAUCAAUUCGCUCACGAUGACAUCCACAUGGAAGGGGUGCGAUGGUGGUCUCGCAUCGCCAAGGACCAUCCGCACCUGGCCAUUUACCACGAGACCUACCUGGUGCCCCGCGGGCAGUGGGAGAAUAUCUACAUUAACGGGUUCCCGACCGGCAUCGCCGAUACCUGGUUUCCCGUGCAGGCCGGAAAUGACACCAAAGAGAAAAAUUUCGGAGUGGUUGAGAAAUGGGUGCGACCGUUGGUUGACGCGCGUGACGGCGUCUUGCGGUCGGCCAGCAAGCGGCUGCAGUUGACACGCUUGGAGGGUCGCGAGAAGGAGCACGACGAUAUGAUUCAGAAACGACAACCCACCAUUGUGCCUCCCCCUAUGGAUAGUAUGAACCAGUUCUCCACGCCGGUACCACAUCGUCUGGGGUCGAUGAGCCGUCGAUCCGCCGGCAAACGAUCGAGAACGGGAUGUCGCACUUGUCGAGCUCGUCGUGUGAAAUGUGACGAAACCCCUGGCGCGUGCCGGAGAUGUACCUCCGCGGGUCGUGUUUGCGAUGGGUACGAGGUGCAGAGACUGCCCUUGAUGAGGGAUUCAUGGACCAAGAUCAGCCCUGAGUUAAGGAGUGGCUUUCAAUGGGUUAUUACCUCCGACGAGAGCCGUUGUUUCUCCUACUUCCAGCACCACACGGUGCCCACCUUCCGCGAAAUGUUUGACUCCUCGCUCUGGCAGCAUCUCGUCCUGCAGAUAGGUCAGUCGGAGCCAGCGGUGUAUCAUGCGACCGUGGCCCUCAGCGCGAUCCACCAGGACGCGGAGAGCAGAGGAAUGCCCCUGGCUGCGAACUUCCCCGGAAAGAGUCAAGGCCCCUGGCUGCGCUUUGCGCAAGAGCAGCUGGGCCGCGCUUUUCAGAGCCUCACCCGGCGCCGUGCCUCUUCGGAUCCCUGGUUGCGCAAUGUGACCCUCCUCUGCUGUUUGUUGUUCGUUCUCUCCGACCUGCUGCAGGGCGACUACGACGAUGCCUUUACCCAUCUCCAGAGUGGCCUGCGCAUCCUCUGCGACCUCCAGGCAGCGCGAGAAUUGGUGGCGCCUACGCCCCGCCAAGAACUGGUGGAACGUUGUCUGGUGGCUGCUUUUGCCCAGCUGGACAUGAGUACCGCCCACUAUGGCCUCGGGGGGCCUCUGCUGUGCAUCGACUCUCUGCCCACCCAGUGGCAGUCGCAGCCGACAUCAGCGGUCGCCUUUGCCAAUCUGGAGGAAGCUCGCGCUGCCUUCAACCUGGUCACCAGUGCUGGGUAUCGCUUUAUGAUCUCGGGUGAGGAAAUGUUGCUGGGAGACAUCGAGUGCAACUACGCUACUAUCCAGUCGACCCAGCUGCGGGUCCGCUCCCUGGCCUCCCGAUUUUGGCGAUCCUUCGAGCCCUUCUACCACCACUCUUACCAUCUUCUCAAUCGCAAAGAGCAGCGAAGUGUCGAACUGAUUCAUCUCCAAUACCUCGGCUUGAUGGUGUCGCUGGAAACAAUCCCCCUGGCGGACAACCCAGCUGCCCUGGCUGCUUUCACGCCUGCCAUCGAGAAAAUUGUUUCUUUGGCUGAGUCAAUCAUGACCCGGUUCCCUGAGCGUCCCACCAUCAGUCUUGACGUGGGUAUCCUUCCGCCAUUGUACAAUGGGGCCUUGGUGUGUCAGGAUUAUCGCGUUCGGUGGCGGGCCAUUAAGCUGCUGCGUGCUUGGCCGCAUCGAGAGGGGCCUUUUGACUCCAAUUGGAUCCUCGCCCUGGCGGAGGAGGCACUGCGUCUGGAUCUGCUGGCCGAUCCCGCUGUCAGCCUGGAUCGAGAUACCGCGCCUAGUCCAUCCGAUGACGAUGAAUUCGCACCUGGUCGCAUGCUGCAGGACCUCAACGAUCGACGGUCGCGUUUUAAGAAAUCAUUGGCAAAGACGGGGGAGGGGUUGGACGAUGGAGUUUCUCCGGCAGACUAUCUGGGCGCGGUCAAAUGUGUGUCUGGGUGGUCAUGUAUGCGCGCUUUUAAAGCGAGGUUUCCAGACUGCUGAAUCUUGGCUCCGAUCUAGUGUGAAGACUAUUGUGACUAAAGCGUCUCGGCAUACAUGAUCUAACACGUGGGAUACCUACUCCAUAUUCCAAAAUAUCUACCGUAUAUCCAUAAAGUAAUCAUGACAAAGCUCGCUUCAAUGUCAAGCUCGGAUCCUUCAUUCCUUCAAGCCGAAAAAGGACUGACUCAUUAAUCAGGAAGCUCUCAUGCAGAAGCUAAACUGGCUUAGGCUCUUCUAGUCUUGAUUUAGCCUGCCGUGGCUGAUUAGUAGCAAGAAGAAAAUCAUGAUGGGUGGAUAUGAGGCUAAAGUCUAGGGUCCUUGGCUCCUCCACUUCGGCGUCCUUGCAUCCAACUCCGUUGUGAUGACGCGUCACAGGAUCGUUAGCCCAGACCUAGCAUUAUCACGGAGGUCCAAAGCUGCGGAAGAAGAAUUGCCCAC